AUGGUGGGAAAGGUAGAAGAUAAAUUUGUUGGCCUCACAUUGGCAAUACUAUCCGCGACAGGUCUUAUACAAGCAGCCGAGAAAUAUGGGUUCACUGGAGAUGGAUUUGAAUACAUACGAAGUCCGGUGUGGUGGUGUGGAACAACCAUGCUGGUGACCGGAGAAUUGAUGAAUACCGCGGCCUAUGCAUUCGCUCCCGCCGUGCUGGUAACGCCGCUUGGGGCGUUGAGCGUGCUCAUUGGUGCUUUGAUGGGCUCGUAUUUCCUUAGGGAAGAGAUCAAUGUUCUUGGGAAACUCGGAUGUGCCGCCUGCCUUCUAGGCUCAGUGCUGUUGGUGCUCCAUGCGCCGGGGGACAAGGAAAUUGAGACUGUCGAUGAGAUCCUGCAUCUGGCAAUUCAACCAUUCUUUCUUCUCUAUUGCGCUUGCGUUGCAAUAAUCGCCAUUUACAUCAUCUGGAAAGUCGCACCGGUGCAGGGGCGAACAAAUCCGUUGGUUUAUAUCUCAAUUUGCUCCUCGGUCGGAUCCAUAUCCGUCAUGUCAGUGAAGGCGUUUGGGAUUGCAGUCAAGCUCACUGCGGGCGGCGACAACCAAUUUACCCAUGCCUCGACCUAUGUCUUCGCGUUGGCUCUGGUAGUGACCACCCUGACCCAGAUGAACUACUUAAAUAAGGCGAUGGGCCAAUUUCCUGCAUCACUAGUAAACGCGAUGUACUAUGUUGGUUUUACAACAUGUACUCUCUCCGCCUCCAUUAUCUUUUACCAAGGACUGAACACUAGCAACUGGACGAGUAUCAUCUCAAUGAUAUGUGGAUUUCUACUCAAUUUCACGGGUAUAUCCCUCUUGACAUUGUCCAAAACUGCGUCUUCCAGUGAAAAGCGCAUGGACUCAGUGCAAGGGAUGAACACACGGUCACUAGAGCUCUCCCACGGACGAUACUCGCACGUACGAACAAGCAGCGUGGAUAUCGAACAAACCCUUGGAAGACGGUCUUCCGGAGUCCAACCGGAAUGGAGAUCAUAA